CAAGCGAGGCACCCGCGCGCAAUGGCCGACCGGCAGGCAGGCCCAGGGGCCGGGGACUGGGAGAUUGACGUGGAGAGCCUGGAGAUGGAGGAGGACUGCUGCCGGGCACCGCCAACAACGCCGCCCGGGCCCAGCCCGUCACCCGCGGACGGGGAUGGCGAGGACGACGAGGAAGAUGAUGAGGAGGACGACGACGCGGAAGAAGAGGGCGACGGCGAGGAGGCAGGAACGUCCCCGGGGGUGCCGGGCCAGUCGGAACUGCACCGGGGACUGCUGCCCCGGCCGCCCCCGGCGCCUCAGGCCCUUCCAGUCCCUGCCAGGGCAGUAGAACGCGGCGCGAACGCGGGCGGCAGUGUGGAACCGCGUAAGCUGAGCCGCACGCCCAAGUGCGCGCGCUGCCGAAAUCACGGCGUGGUGUCCUGUCUCAAGGGCCACAAGCGAUUCUGCCGCUGGCGAGAUUGCCAGUGCGCCAACUGCCUGCUGGUGGUGGAGCGCCAGCGCGUCAUGGCCGCCCAGGUGGCGCUCCGGAGGCAGCAGGCCACUGAGGACAAGAAGGGGCUUUCCGGGAAACAGAAUAAUUUUGAACGCAAAGCAGUGUACCAGAGGCAAGUUAGGGCACCUAGUUUGCUGGCCAAAAGCAUUUUAGAAGUUCUCCUUGGAUUAUUCUACAACUGUAUCAAUGUGUACAUAUGAGUCAUCUUUAGAAAAUAAAAGUGACAUCAGCUCUAGGCUAUCGUCCCAUAACAGCGGAGACCUACCUAGGAGGCACCCUACCUCUACCUCCCCCAGUUAGUGACAGGAUGAGGAAAAGAAGGGCCUUUGCUGACAAAGAGUUGGAGAACAUUAUGCUGGAGAGAGAAUAUAAAGAGAGGGAGAUGCUGGAAACUUCCCAAGCUGCUGCCUUGUUCCUGCCCAACCGCAUGGUGCCUGGACCUGAAUACAACUCCUACAAAAGUGCCUACAGCCCCACCCCAGGGGAACCGCCCAGCAAGGACUUCUGCAAUUUUUUGCCCACCUGCCUUGAUCUCACCAUGCAGUAUUCAGGGUCUGGGAAUAUGGAACUAAUUUCUUCUAAUGUUAGUGUGGCCACGACAUAUAGACAGUACCCCCUGUCCUCCCGAUUUUUAGUUUGGCCCAAGUGUGGCCCCAUUAGUGACACUCUCCUCUACCAGCAAUGCCUGCUAAAUGCUACCACCUCAGUUCAAGCCCUGAAACCUGGGGCCAGCUGGGACCUGAAGGGAGCACGGGUUCAGGAUGGACUCAGUGCAGAACACGACAUGAUGCCACCCAAACUGGAGGGUUCCCUUGUGCUGCCACACACGCCCGAGGUCCAGACCUCUAGAAGUGACCUUCAGGGUCACCAGGUUGUCCCAGAGAGGUCUGCCUUCUCCCCACCCCAACGGAAUUUCUCUCCCAUUGUUGAUGUGGACUCCCUGGCAGCUCAAGGGCACGUCUUAACCAAGAUCAGCAAAGAAAACAGCAGGCACCCUCUGCCACUUAAACAUAAUCCAUUCCAUUCAUUAUUCCAGCAAACGCUUAAUGACAAAUCAGGUCCUGAGUUGAAAACACCAUUUGUCAAAGAGGCCUUUGAAGAGACCCCAAAGAAACACAGAGAAUGUUUGGUCAAGGAGAGCCAGAAGUACACAUUUACAAUAGAUAGGUGUGCAAAGGACCUUUUUGUAGCUAAACAGGUUGGAACAAAACUCUCAGUGAAUGAACCGCUGUCAUUUUCUGUUGAGUCUAUUCUUAAGAGGCCUUCGUCUGCCAUCACUCAUGUGUCUCAGUGAAAGGCUGCUUAAGUGGAAAGCUGGAUUUUCUGCAAUCUCAGUCCUUGCCAUGUGCUUUUUUUUUUUUAAAGUUAAAAUGUUUGUGUAAAGAAAUUUCUAAUGUAAGUGAUGAUGAUUUCUAAAAAUUCUAUAUAUACAUAUGCAUGUACCUUUUCUUACCACAUAAAUAUAUUUAAACUUAAAGAUGGACAUUGCUUAAUGUGCAAAUUGUAAAGUUCUGUGCUUUACACAGCAUUUCAUAAAGCAAUAAAAUUGACACUAUCUUUUAAAAGACCCAA